UUUAAUGCAUAUUUAUUGUCAGUACAAGAAACCCUCCAUGCAGUGUGUUCUCUAAAGGCAUUUAUUCUUGAGCCAUAUAGAUAUUUAAAACAAAAAAGUUAAAAUUCAACAUUUCCCGAAGUAAAAUACUCAUGGGUUAGAGAUGUUCAGUUGUCCAACAUCUACCCCUUGUGGUUUGUUCUGGUAUUGACUUAAAUCUUGCAAACAUACACAUUUUAUACCUCGAUGUGAAGACUGAUGUCAGUCUUGCAGUGUAUAAUAACAAUCCUCAAAAAGAUAUGUCCUUUAAUAUAUUUGCAAAAGCAGUGUGCUUUUUGAAAUCGGGUCUCAGUAGCACUUUACCCAGGAUAUAUUUAGCUCUUGCUUUCCUUUGCUUGCUGACCCCAUUCCCGUGGAGAGAAAGUGACAGGCUAGGGCAAAGCUAUGAAUGUCACAUGAUAUGCUUCAGCAGAGAAGAGAGUGGUGGGAGGGUGAGUGCACAAUUAUGGCUUGUGGUAAGCAAGAAGUAGUCUGGACAAAUGUCCAGAGCCCAGAAACUGAAAAAGAUUUAGUUAAGGAUCAGCAUGCUGUCAUUGCCACUCCUGACGUAGUGCUCCAGGUGGAGGGAGAGUCAUUCUUUGUGAACCGCAAGCAUUUGGCCCAGCAGAGUCCCUAUUUCCGAGCCUUGUUCUUUGGCGGCGGUCGGGAGAGCACCAGGAAGCACAUUGAGAUUAAAGGAGUUGGACUGCAGCAGUUCCACACACUAAUGGAGUUCACAAAGAACUUCAAGCUGACCCUGGACAGAAAGAACGUCCUUGAUAUUCUGGAGGCUGCUGACUUCCUUCAGUUGGACAGGGCUCGGCUACUCUGCUGUAAGUUCUUGGAAAGGCAAUUGCAUCUUAGUAAUUGCUUGGGAAUGAUGGCCUAUGCUUGGCAGCUUGGCUGUCUGGAUCUCUACGCUGCAGCAAGGGACGUAGUCUUGACCCAUCUACCUGCAAUAGCCUCCGAGCAGGACUUUAUGUUCCUUUCUAAGGAAAGCAUUGCUGACCUCCUCGCUAGCGACAAUUUGAGCAUUCCAAGGGAAGACUUAGUCCUUGACGUGGCCCUUCGCUGGGCAACAUUUGACCCAAGUCGGGAAGAAGACUUCAUGGAACUAGUGGGCCUGGUUAGGCCGGAGUGCUUAAGUCUUCCCUACAUUACUGAUCUUCUGACCAAGAUAAACAGCUCAGACCCACGUGCGAAGCUCAUUUGCAGACUGAACGAUAACUUGCCCAGCAGCUGGACUAUGGGCAGGUCUAUGCCUAGAACUCGUUCAAGGGAAACUUUGUUUGUUCUCGGUGGGCCACAUGAGCAAGAAGAACAGUUGCUGUAUCAGUUCCACCCCUACAGUGGAAGGUGGCAAUCCCAACCACCCCUGCAAAAGAAGUGUCUCACACAGUACUCCGUGGCUGCAGUAGGGGACAACAUAGUAGUGACUGGAGGCUACUUCCGGGAUGUGUUGUGGUACAGCGUGGACUGGGUGAGCAUUUACCAGCAUGGCAAUGAGAAGUGGGUGGACGGCCCGGCAAUGCAGAAGUCCAGACACAGCCACUGCUCAGCGGCUCUGGAGUUCAAGCUGUUUGUAUUUGGCGGAAGCAUGGACGAGGGACCUGUGGCUGACGUCGAGAGGCUAGUGCUGGGAGCGGAAGAAUGGGACACCGUCAGCCCCAUGGUGCGAUCUGUGGAAAGAGCGGCCACUGCCACGUUGGGGACUUGUAUUUACGUGGCCUGUGGUCUGGAUGAGAAUGGAGACGUUUACAGUGGGAUUCAGAGGUACAGACCAGAGGUUGAUCAAUGGGACGUGGUGUCCUAUUCACCGUUCCCACGUUAUGACCUUCUUGCAACGGAACUCAAUGGUGCCCUCUAUCUGUUGGGAGGACAGGCUCUGCGCUUAGACAUCGACACAGAUGAGUGGACCAUUCUUCAAGAAGACUGUCUGGACAACAAAUUCUUCACAGGCUGUGCCACAGUGAAUGGGCAGAUUUACAUACUGAGCGAGAGGAAGAUAAACAAAACAUACCCAAACAUGAUCCUACUGGACCCUUACAUUGACACUUGCUUAGAAAUUGAUGAUAAAAUACCAUGUCCUGUACCCAUAAGAGGAUGUGUCACAAUGCGUGUGAAUCCCUUCUGAAGUCAUAAUGGUAACACAGUUCUUUCUUUCAGCCAAAGUUAAGGACAUUCAUUAAAGCCAAUACAGAAACAUUUUGUUGUGCAAAGUUGGGGAUGAUUAAUUAUAUAAGGAUCAUUACUCUUCACAUUUUUAUUGUUAUUCAAAAGGGCACAGAGAAAAUGGCAGAGUGAAAAACAAGAAUGCAAUAAUACCACAGUAUCAAAGACGGUAGUUCAUAUAUCAUAAGAAUAUAUCCCUCUUCUGUCAUUGUUACAAGUUAUAUAACAUCUGCAUUAUGUUACUAUUAGCGAAAUCAGAGCACAGUAAAAUCCCAAAAACCAAAAACAAAAAUGUAUCCAUACAAAAACAAUCACAGGUCAUUUGAAAAUUAAAGUGAAAGUGUAGGACAGACGCACAGCUUUCGGACAAAAGGCUCAGUUCAUGGCUAUGGUGCAAAUAAACAACUUAGGUUAGGUGUGUUACUGUAUUCUAAACAUGAAUACAUUUCCAGCCCUAUGCAAAACAAAAACACUUUGCCUUUAGCCCUUGGAGCAGAUUCAAUACUCAAGAAAUCAAGGGGCCUACAUACUGUAGGAGUCCUCAAAUCACACUACCCACUUUGAUUUUAAGAUUUCAAUGCACAAAUCAUUGUAUUUCAUGUUGAACAACAAAAAGUACUAACGGACAAAAGACAACAAGCUCCAGUAGUCCCUUGCAACAGCAGCAAAAAUCACAAAGACAUUUGGACAGUUCACCAUUAGAUGGCGCUCUAAGUCUUUUCUAAUGGUCCACCAGUGACCAUUUGGAAAAAUAAGAGCCACUGCAGAAAACUCACAGGUUUAAAAUAUCUAAGACUGAAAUAUCUAUAUGUUUUGUUCUAUUAAAAGUAUUUAAAAAGAGUGCACCUAAAUAUUGUGGGUAUCUCUCAUCAGGAGGGCCGACUUGUGUUUACAUAUCACUGUUCCAUAACGAACAGUUGCAGCACAUUAGCAACCUAAUUUAAACAAGAGCUCAACAAUUGUUUAUGAAUCCUUUUUAUGCUCCCCACCUUAUUUAUUUUGCUGUUUAAGUUCUAAACAGC